AUGAAAGUUGCGAGGUUGUCCCAAAAGCUUGUUAAAAGAGAAUCAUAUAAUCAGGAGAAUUCAGUUGACGAAUAUAAUGAAUUAUUAAUGCGAAGGCAUUAUACAGAUGAUCAAAAAAUCAUUAACUCAAAAAAAGUCUUGAGCAUGAGAGAUAGACAAUAUAAUAACGGUACAGUAAGUAGUAGUACAUUUUCUAGUGAUACUAGUAAUGCUUCUUCUGCUACUAUCACAUUCAAAAUAAAUCAUACUACAAAUUCCUUUACCAAUAUGAAUAUGGUUCAUCACUCAACCACGACUACAGCAAUCAAGAAAACUACUACUGCUGCUGCUACUGCUACUGCUGCUACUGCUACUGCUACUAAAAAAUCAUUUAUAGGUAAUUAUUGUGAUUCGGCUAAUACGGAUAACUUUGUGAUUGACAAACCGUUUGCUAAUAAUAGGUUUGAUGCUAAUGCUACUAUUAACCCUCAUUUUAGCAGCAGUAGUCCUAUUGAUAUAACAAUAUCAUCUGAUAAUACUCUUCCUGAUUCUGUUAUUCGUUGUACUUCUACUACAAUUAAUGGACAUCAUAGAUUAAAAGAUUAUGAUCACCUUCCAUAUAAAGCAAAUAAUAUAACACAGUCAACAAAAAAGAAACGACGGCAGCCUUUAGUGAUAUCUUAUUACGAUGAUAAUAUCUCUGAAGAAGAAGAAGAAGAUAAUGAUAUGAAUAAUAGAAGAAAUAUAAAAAUGUUCAAUAUGUCAUUGAUACAAGAGGAUAAAAGUAAUAAUACCGAGAGAACAAAUUACAGUGAAAUUUUAGGUCGUCAAAUAAUAACUGAUAAUAUGAUAGGCAAAUAUUCAAAUAAUAUAUUCAGCAAUAAUAGUCAUAUUUUCUAUGAUAAUUUAUUAUCAGAAAACGAUAUCAAUGACAGCAAUAGUGAUAUAGAUACAUUUAAUCCUGCAGACAUAUAUUUAUCAGAUGAUGAAUUGUCAAUAAGCUGGUAG